ACCAUAUCACCCUUUUGUGAUCUUCUCUCUCUCACUUACACAAACACACUCUCUCAAACACAAACAAAACUCAUUAUAUUUCUCUCCACUUUCAAUAUGGAAGAUUCAGAAGAAGAUGAGCUUCUAAAUCUCAGCCUCUCCGUUAACAGAGAAAGAAAAAAGAAAGGAAAAAUCAUCACAAGAGAAACCAAUAACAACCACAACCACCACCACCACAACAACAACAACUUCUCUAUGAUUUGUACCAAUAGAAACUCCUACGAAGGCUAUGAAGGAAAAAUCUUCAGACUUCUUCAAAUGAGAGAACAAAUGCUCCGAAAAACCACUCUCAACCUCGAAGAUUCAAACGGCCUUCCCUUAAUUCACCUCCUUCUCACAACAGCAACUUCCGUCGACGAAAACAACUUCGAUUCGUCUCUCGAAAACCUAACAGAUCUUUACCAAACCGUCUCACUCACCGGCGAUUCAGUCCAACGAGUCGUCGCUUAUUUCACCGACGGCUUAACCGCGAAACUCCUCACCAAAAAAUCACCAUUCUACGAAAUGUUAAUGGAAGAACCAACCACCGACGAAGAGUUUCUCGCAUUCACAGAUCUCUACCGAGUUUCACCGUAUUACCAAUUCGCUCAUUUCACAGCAAACCAAGCUAUCUUAGAAACCUUCGAGAAAGAAGAAGAGAGAAACAACCGCUCAAUUCACGUGAUCGAUUUCGAUGUCUCAUAUGGUUUUCAAUGGCCUUCACUGAUUCAAUCACUCUCAGAGAAAGCCACAAGCGCAAACAGAAUCUCCCUCAGAAUAACUGGUUUCGGUAAGAAUUUAAAAGAGCUUCAAGAAACUGAAUCUAGGUUAAUUAAUUUCUCAAAAAGCUUCGUAAACAUUGUUUUUGAGUUUCAAGGUUUGUUAAGAGGAUCGAGAAUAAUUAACCUAAGGAAGAAGAAAAACGAAACUGUGGCGGUUAAUUUAGUUUCAUAUCUCAACAAAUUAACUUGUUUAUUGAAAAUUUCUGACACAUUGGGAUUUGUUCAUUCUCUUAACCCUUCCAUUGUGGUGAUCGUUGAACAAGAAGGUUCUAAGAAUCCUUCUAGAACCUUCUUAUCAAGAUUCACAGACACAUUGCAUUAUUUCGCAGCGAUGUUUGAUUCACUUGAUGAUUGUUUACCAUUAGAGAGUAUCGAGAGGUUGAGAAUAGAGAAGAAAUUUUUCGGUAAAGAGAUCAAAACCAUGCUGAAUAAUUAUGAUGUAGUUGAUGACGGUGGUGUUGAUUGUGCAAAGUAUGAGAAAAUGGAAACAUGGAAAGUGAGAAUGGAGAAUCAUGGAUUUGUUGGGAUGAAAAUGAGUUCUAAGUGUUUGAUACAAGCAAAGUUGUUGCUGAAGAUGAGGACACAUUAUUGUCCACUUCAGUUUGAGGAAGAAGGUGGUGGUGGUUUCAGGGUUUCUGAAAGAGAUGAUGGAAAAGCUAUUUCAUUAGGAUGGCAAAAUAGGUUUUUGCUUACUGUGUCAGCAUGGCAAUCACUUUGAUGAUAUAUGAUAUGAUAUGAUAAGAUAGAUCCUAACUCUUUUCAUUAUCAUUUUGUGUGAUAAUCUGCACUCAAAAUGAUGAUUGAAAAUGUUACUUUAGCUAAUAUUUUUGUCAUUGUUUUUUUCUUUCUUGAGUUGUUAAUUUAAGAGCUUUAAUUUUAUGUAGU